UGUGUACACUGAGACUCAGCAGCCAGUACAGCAGAGGACUUAACCACCAGAGGAGCUGACUGGAGCUUCUGGAUCUCAGAUCUGGAGGUUUUUUUUUUUUACUUUGACACCAGUGACAGAGAGGACUGCUGCUGCUGGAGAUGACUGGACUGUCACUGCAGGAACAGGAACAGCAUCCCUCCGCUUUGGGAACUUUUCUCUGUCCUGAAAGCUUGAUAGUUACUGGGGGACGUUUGAUCUAAGACGCACAAACAUUGGAAAAUUUCUACCUCAGUCAGGAGUUGGGUGCAUUGAAAGGAGGAUCUAUUGCAGCCCUGUUGAAUAAAAGCCAUAUUCAAAACAAACUCCAGGAUGAAGACUCAUCUCCUCUGCUUGGAGUUACUCCUCUUGGCGGGUCACAUCCUUGUGGCCAGUGGGCAGCUGGAGCCAAAGAAACAAGUGCCCCAGGAGCCUCUUACUGUCACCCAGAGACCUGGGCUCGUAGAGAGGGAUGUGCAGGGUCCAGUGAGGUCUAACAUCACCAUGCCCCGCCGCCGGCUACCUCCCAUGUGCACCGGACCCACAGAAAUCCGUGACACCUUUAAGUACAUUAACACGGUGGUGUCCUGCCUGGUGUUUGUUGUUGGUAUUAUUGGCAAUUCCACUCUUCUGAGGAUCAUCUAUAAGAAUAAGUGCAUGCGUAACGGGCCAAACAUCCUGAUCGCCAGCCUGGCGCUUGGAGACCUGCUGCACAUCAUUAUUGGCAUUCCCAUUAAUGUUUACAAGCUCCUCGCAGAAGACUGGCCAUUCGGGGUGACGCUGUGCAAGCUGGUGCCGUUUGUCCAGAAAGCGUCGGUGGGGAUCACAGUGCUGAGUCUGUGUGCUUUGAGUAUUGACAGGUAUCGUGCCGUGGCGUCGUGGAGCCGUAUCAAAGGGAUUGGAGUUCCUAAGUGGAUGGCUACUGAGAUAGUGCUCAUAUGGAUAUUAUCCAUCAUCCUGGCUGUGCCAGAGGCAAUAGCCUUCGACAUGAUCACCAUGGACUACAAAGGAGAACAGUUGAGGAUCUGUUUGCUGCACCCCAUGCAGAAAACUGACUUUAUGAGGUUUUAUAAAUCAGCAAAGGACUGGUGGCUGUUCAGCGCAUAUUUCUGCCUACCGUUGGCCUGCACUGCGAUUUUCUACACCCUGAUGACCUGCGAGAUGCUGAGGAAGAAGAACGGAGUCCAGAUCGCCCUUAGUGAUCACCUCAAACAGCGGAGGGAGGUGGCAAAGACAGUGUUCUGCCUGGUUCUGGUCUUUGCUCUGUGCUGGCUGCCGCUCCACCUCAGUCGUAUCCUGAAGCUGACCAUCUACGAUGAGAAAGACCCAAACCGCUGUGAACUGCUCAGUUUCUUUCUGGUGUUGGACUACAUCGGCAUCAACAUGGCAUCUGUCAACUCCUGUAUCAACCCCAUCGCCCUCUACAUGGUCAGCAAGCGCUUCAAGAACUGCUUCAGGUCCUGCCUGUGCUGCUGGUGUCUACCGGCUGAGAUGUUGAUGGAUGAAAAGCAGUCGUGCAUGAAGCUGAAGGUCACCGAACGACCCUCCGACCAGACUAACUCUCGCAUGACCAACAAAUCUACUGCUACAGCCUGAGAAGAGGAAGUGGAAGUGAGAAAAGAGGAGAUAUGAUGACAAAAACCAAAAUAUUGAAGUAUGGCUGACUGAAUGUGAAUAAAUGCCCAUUCUUGCCUCAUCCACAACAUCAUAUGAAGUCUCCUUCAUCUCCUAACAGACGUCCCCUUGCCAAUAUGGGGUGCUGAACACUCUCCAUGUCCGAGAAGAAAAAAAAGUAUCAGUGCACUUCAAAAAACUAUAUUCUUGGAUAACAAGUUCGAGACGUGUGAAGCGCAAAACCCGGUGUUAAUAACACCAAAUAUCGAGAGCUGAGCUCGAGGCGAAGUUCUGCACAAGUGUUAUGUAAAAUUAGUGAAUUAGCGACAGCUCAUCUGGCUCGCAGCCUGGAUAGUGAAUGAUACUUUGAUGCUAUGAAUCUUGCGAUAAGUUCUGCAUUGCAUAUUAUAUUGUAUUAUUGUAUAUAUUAUGACUAUAUUCGAGUGUGAUGCUGUGUUAUGAAUUGCUACCACACACUGCAGCAGCUUGGAAAAAGUUAAACAAUGAAUUUAAUGCUCUUAUGUUUUGUUUUUUUGUACGUAUUUCCUUUAAAGUAUAUGUUUGUACUGAGCAUUUCGCAUAUUUUAUCAUCCGUCACAUUAGUGCCUUUAUAUGUAUUGUCCGUGUGUCAUUUUCCCACUAGUUACUGAACUACUGAUGUUGUUUGUUUAAAGGUUGUGUGACCAUUCAGCUAUUGUAUUAUACUGUUCAAUAUCGGGCCUGUUCAUGAGGCUUUAUGUGUUUUGUGACUGUAUUUGCUCAACAUUAUCUUAAGCCGACUUGUACCUCACCUGGUAUGUCAAGAGGUAGAGUUUCUUUUUGCAAUAAAUACAAUAUUAAAUAUAAUAAAUUAGAAACUAGUCAGUUAUGUACCUCUCUUUAAAGAAAAGCAUAAAUUUUCUAGCCAUUAUCUGUUCAGAGACACAGUCACAACCAUUUAUGACUGUCAAUCUUUUAGCUUUGCCUGUUAUUGUGGCCUGACUUUGUGUUUGUGUGUGUUUGUGUGUAUUUGUGUGUAUUUGUGUGUGCAUUUUCGCGUGUGGUUUUGAUUUAAGUGUGACUUCAGGCAGCAUCAUGUGAUGGUGAAUGCUAACACAGAACAUUACUGUUACAUUACACACACACACACACACACACACACACACACACACACACACACACACACACACACACACACACACACACACACACACACACACAAACACACACACACACACACACACAGCCCUGACCUGGGAAUGUUCCUUCAGGCUAAACCAGUGUCAUGCAUGUCACAUUAGCUGUGAAAGAAGCUCUCUGUCCUGUGAUCUCUCACCACCCCUCCUUGACUUAUCUCUUCAUCCGCUCUCCUUGCAUUCACUCUCUCUUCUUUUUCUGCAUGUUUUUCCUUGCUUUUUCUUUUUGUUUUUUUACGUCUUCUCUUUCCUCUACCCUUGUUUCCCUAACCCUAUCUUUCUGCAUUCCUGUCUCCACUCCACCCCAUAACCCCUCUGCCUCUGUUCUUCCAAUAUGGUUUCAAACAAUUCAGUGUGGUUUGACAUUAAAUCAAACCCACCGGUGGUGUAAUCGGCCCUAACUGAAAGAAAAUCACAUUCAGUACAUUCCUCCCUAAAUUAUCUCCUUUUCUACUCCCAACGGAGACUGAACUGAUGUAUCUGCUUGUGGAUACUGGCACUGGCCCCUCCAAUGAUACGACGCAUUGUCCUUAAAGAUCACUGCGACUAAAAAAAUCUGUCACAAAAAGUUGCAAAGAAAGUGAAUGUUGUUCUGUGUGUUACUUACUGUCUAUAAAUCAAAGCGUAAUUAGCUCAAGUUCAAUUUAGUAUGUCACAUUUUACUUUACAAAACUCGAGUUGGAAAUUAAAAUCAUUUAUUUGCCGUGCCAA